CCACUUCCCGAUAAGCUGCGGCAUUUUGUAGGAUUCAUUCGGAGACCAGCUGCCAAUACAGAGUGAUUUUUUAGUAAUCAUGUCCAAUCCCAGAGUAUAUUUUGACAUCUCCAUCGAUGGAAGGAAUGCUGGGAGGAUUGUAAUGGAGCUGAGAGCUGAUGUUGUACCCAAGACUGCUGAGAACUUCCGUGCUUUGUGCACUGGUGAGAAGGGUUUUGGCUACCAGGGCUGUGGCUUUCAUCGUAUCAUCCCCAAAUUCAUGUGUCAGGGUGGCGACUUCACCAGACAUGAUGGAACUGGUGGAAGGUCCAUCUACGGCAACGAGUUUGCAGAUGAGAACUUCACCCUGAAGCAUGGAGGGAAGGGAACCCUGUCCAUGGCCAACGCCGGGCCGAACACCAACGGCUCCCAGUUCUUCAUCUGCACCGCUAAUACUGAUUGGCUCAAUGGCAAACAUGUUGUGUUCGGGAAAGUGGUCGAAGGAUUGGAGGUAGUGGAUGCCAUGGAGGCUAAAGGAAGCAGCAGCGGGAAAUGCUCUGCCAAGGUCGUGAUUGCUGAUUGUGGCCAACUUUAAUUGUUUCUUACUCACCUUUCCCAUUCCAACCAUGCACAUUCGUUCCUAUAUAGUUGUUGGUUUUUUUUUUGAUUGCCAUUCCUAAAUGAGAUGCUUAUUCCAUGUGUCAUGGUCCUGUUUUAUGUAUUCUGAUGGUCCCCAGGACACAAUAUGUUAAACAUGUAUUAAAGAUGGAUCAAGAUUCCUUUCAA